AUGAUGACCGUCGCCCACGGUCUUCCCCAUCCUGCACACAUACACAAACCUCCAUCAGAAACCCACGGAACAGAGACCACUCUCCUUCUGGUUGGUCCACAAAUGACGAGUAUCAGCAUCGGCGAGCCACGCAUAAAAAACUGCCCCUCCUCAGGCCACACACACCAAACGGCCGCCCUUGGACAAGAUAUGAUGAGCUCCCCGCAUAGCCACUUCAUUUUUAGCACUGAUGUUGUCAUGGCCACUGCAGUUUACAAGACGCUCGUGAACCCAAGCUAUAUCCUGGUAAUGAUUCGACUGGCGUGUUGGACCAAGCGAUGUCCCAGUCACCAAUACGUCCACAUCCAAAUAUGCCGAGCUUCCUCAGUGUCGAAGUUGAACAUGUCAUAUCAGAUGUCCAUCGAAUGUCCACCAUAUAUGGAUCCCGUCAUUCAGUCAUGCGGUCGUGCCUCGCAGUGUAUCACUACUGAUGACGCCAUGUCAUCUCACAAGGAUCUUUCGGUAUAG